ACUUGUCAUUUAUUCAGGGUCGAUUUUACACGGCAUUUAUCUGUUUAUUAGUUUGACAGACAGUGAGACAUGCCAAGGAGUUUAUCGAGUGUCUUCAAUUAUGUAAACAGGUUGGAGUCUUCUAUAUCAUUCUAGCAACUGACUACAAAGUAGACCAAAUUAGGCUCAUAGUGUUACUUAACUAACUGAUAUUGUAGAUCUUGUACCAUUUUAGUUAAGAUUUGGUGUUUUAAGUGUACGGUGAGCUAUGGCUGCUGAGGACAGUGACAUAAUCAUUCAACGGCAAAGUAUCCUCAGUUGGUGUUGGAGUUGGUGGUGUCCAAUGUCUGCCAAUGUUCUUCGAGUUGCAGAGAAGAAACUUCUCUCUUACUUAAAGACGCCAUAUCGAGGGUGGUACGUUGACAUAGGCUCGGUGGUGGGAACGUCAGACAAGAUAUGGACCAUUGCACUCAACACGGAGUCUCAACGGAUGCCAUUGGUGCUGCUGCAUGGACUAGGCGCUGGGGUGGGGCUGUGGUGCCUCAACUUGGAUGCUUUUGCUGUUCACAGACCCGUCUACGCCAUUGAUGUGCUGGGGUUCGGCCGCAGCUCUCGACCAGACUUCAGCAAUGAUGCCAUGGAGGUGGAGCGCCAGCUGGUACAGUCAGUGGAGGAAUGGCGACGGGAGAUGAAACUGCCCAAGAUGAUAUUGUUAGGUCACAGUAUGGGUGGAUUUCUGGCUGGUGCGUACGCAUUAGCCUACCCUGAGAGGGUUAAGCACCUGAUAUUGGCAGACCCAUGGGGGCUGCCCCCCCGUCCCCCCGCUGAGGAGAGCAAGCGUUCUAAGCUGCCAUGGUGGGCCCGGGCCCUGCUGUUUACGUUGGAGCCCCUCAACCCUCUGUGGGCCAUAAGGGUGGCGGGGCCUUUUGGUCAAAAACUGGUGGAAAAGAUGAGGCCUGAUCUGUUGAACAAAUUCUCGAUUGCUGUGGAUGGAGACACACAAGCUGUAUCACAGUACAUUUUCCAGUGUAACGCACAAAGACCUUCGGGUGAAAGUGCUUUUCAUGCCCUCAACUCUGGCCUUGGAUGGGCAAAGAACCCUCUGGUCAACAGGAUAGAACAGUUCAGUGACAAUCUCCCCAUCACCAUAAUGUACGGCUCACGGUCUUGGAUGGACAGUAGGGCCGGCACUAUGAUCAUGAAAGAGAGGUCUUCUACCAGCUACACGGCUAUCAAGACCAUCAUGGGAGCUGGUCACCAUGUUUAUGCAGACAAGAGCGAAGUUUUCAAUGAAACGGUGAAUGAAAUUUGUCAGUUUGCGGACGAUUGUAGUGACACUGAAGACAACGUAGCUAAUUCACAACCAGACGAGGGUCUUGCUUUAAAGAAACGGAAGAGUGAAGACAAAGUGCAAGAUUUUAGUCCAACGAGGAGCUUGCCGAGUGGGAACUCCGUUGACGAUACAGUUGAAAGGAAAGAAAAACUCAGUUGAAGUUGAUACUUGGUAAAUAGAUAUAAUUUUCUAUGCAAGUUUUUAAAUUGUGAUAAAAAAGUGUUUAUAAGUAUUAGAAGUUUAUUUAUUGUUUGCAUUGUUAGUUGUUGUCCGCCCAAUGGCUUGCACAUUAAUUAAAAGGUUUAAUUUAUUAUUAUGUUUACCAAAUAAAAAAUUCAACAAUUUUAUGCUUUUAGAAAAAUGAUUACUGAUUUGGUAAGAUUUGUUGUGUUAGUAAUAGUGAUAACCAUCUUACAAAGAGUUGAGACAAAGAGUAUCAUUGUUUCCUUGAUAAAAUAUUUGUUGAUGAUAACAAGAGACAAUAUAUAUUGUUUGAACUUGGGUCAAGAUCAAUUUUGGAAACAAAAUGUCAAUAAUUGCUUUAAGUCUUUCAUCUGUAGUUGUGAUAGUUUAUUUCAAGUUUCAAGUUUCUUAGAUUUAAGAAGAUGUAAGAAAUGCAAGGAAAAAUUAUUAGUGUAUUUAAGAAACGCACAAUAAAACCUGUGUUUUUAAAAUGAUUAUUUGUCUUACUUUUUUUCUAAAUAUUAAGUUAAAAAUUUAAUUGCUUCGGCACUUUACAGUGUGUUUGUACACUAUAUUAUGUUGUAGAUUUAUUGACAUGCUGAGGGCUUAGAUUCAUUAUUUUUUUAUAAAUUCUGUCCUUUUUUUAAAUUUGUCGUUAAUUAUCUCGGGGUGUGCGAGUAGUGAAUUUAUAAGUCGAGUUCUCUUAUAAAAUUUUGUGAGCUGCAAACUUGUCGAGUCCAGUUUUUAUCAAAAUUAAGCUCCCCAAAACGAUGCAUCAGGUACUUUAUUGUAUGUACAAAACAAUUUAAAUCUAAUCUAAAAAAAUAAGCUUGGACUUAGAAUAAAGCUUUAAGUUGCAAAUACAAAUACUUGCAUUACACUGUAAAAUUUAGCCAGACUUAUUCAAUGCAAUUUUCUUAUGUGUUCUAAAACCUAAAGCAUAAAUUCAAUUCAAUUAAAUAAUUGACCAGUAAACUACACUCUUAUAUUUUGUUCACUAUUUUUAGGUGGUUUGAUAGUAAUUCACCCCCAACAAUUUUUUGUAUUUAAUGUAUAAUUUUAAAGGUGGUGGUCAAGUGGAGGGGAUAGAUUUCUUCCCCUAAAACCGCCUUUAUUAGAUUUAGUAUUAGUUUCAAGAAUAUAAAAUAAACAUAAACAUUUGACAAUCUGAAACAAAAUAAGUGAGAGAUUAGCUGAAAGAUAUUGUUAUUUCACAAGAAGUCAUUGGAGAAUUUAUUUUCAAUAGCCAAUAAAUUUAUAGUGGACACUUAAAAUAUUUUUUUAAAUUUGGAUUGAUAGCACUCCUUCCUUUUUGAAAAGUUCCAUAAGUUGUUGAGACAAAUUGAUUGUAACUAUUUACACUUCAGGUAAACUAUUAAUUUUACUGCAAUGAACAACUGUACUUUGCAUGAUUGAAUGAUAAAACUGAACUCUCAUCAAGCCAGCACAUACUAGUAGUAUUUUUGCAUAUGAUUAGCAUUUUAGUAAUCAUUAGUAGGCAGCCAGAUUUGCGUUUAUUAUCUUUAGGAAUCAUGUAUUUAUCAUUUACCUUUCGGCAAUUCUUUACUAUUACCUUUACCUAUAAAGUUGGGCAUUUUAUAGGUUUUGACUAUCAAACAACAUUGUUUGGUGAUUAUGUGAUUCUUUUAUGAAUCAUAUUCAUUUGUAAGACCUUGUCAAAAAAUGUCCUGAGAUGUGUAGUAUUUAGUGAAAGAAUAAUGGAAAUAGUGUGCCAUGCAACUAUAUUUUUUUAUUAAAGUAGGCCUAUAAUAUUAUUACUAGGUUUACAUAACGAGCCAAAAAUAAAUGUCAAAAACCAUUAUGUAUAUUGUAUGAAAAAAUAAUGAUUUUUUUGCAUUUUCAAAAGAUAUGACACAGUUAUUGGGUUUUAACAAGAGAAUUGAAUAGAGUGAGAAGGAUUUGUAUGUUAUAAUCUUCUUCAUGCAAUGGUGGUUUAUUGACUAUCUACAAUUAAAAAAUAAUAUUUAUUGAUAUUUUGGUACCAAUCAGGUCACACCCCAGUACAACUUUCAAUACGUAUUCAUAAGAGUAUACUUUAUCUUAAAAAAAUAAAAAGGGUAAAUCCUAUCUAUGUGUUAAAUUACAUAUCACAUAAAUUACAAAACCAAUACGUUUAGUAAUACACUUGUAUCAUAUUUUGUGUUUAUAACUCUUGGCACUAGAUAACACCUAUUUUCCUAAAGUAAACCACCUUAUAGGUAGUUUGAGUUGCACAACGGAAUCUUAGUAUAAGAAUAGAGAGCAAAUGGAAUUUUUGCGGAUUCUAUUCUAUUACUAAAUUAGUUUUGUUAUUUUCCCUAUACAAAUAUAUGUUGUUUAGGUUAGGUAAGAACAUAGUUUCAUCGUGUUACAAAUAUGAAACUCUAUGAUUGACUUGUGUCCACAAAGUGUUAAUACAUUGCAAUAUAGCUUUCUUUAGAUUAUGAGGUUUUCUGAUGGACACAUCAAGACCCAACUUGCGUUUUAUUCAUCACUGUUGAAAAGUACAAAAUCCGAUAUUGCAUUGUUGCAUGGAAAGUUAUAAAGGAUUAGUUAGAAGUGUGUUUAGUUUUGAAUUCAUGAUUUUUGUUGUUGAACCAAGAGCUUAUAGUUUUGUGUUUUUUAUUUAACUGAUAGUGUUAUACAAUUGAAUAAAUGUGAUAUUUAUUCUA